GUAAACGGACUGACGGUUAAUGUGUUCCAGCUGGAAAACACAGCCAGGAUCUAACUGUGAGUGACCCACUGUUUUCUUCUGGUUAGACGGCAGGGGUUUUCUUUUUGUUUGUGAGGAGGUGAAUUGAUGAUGAGCUGUUCACAUGUUGUUCAGGCUGCUGGCAGCUGAGAGGACUAAACUAGAGGAGGAUCAAACUCUGGCUCUGCUUCACCACAUUAUCUAGAGUUGAUUGCAUCCUGGUGGCUGUACUUGUUUGGGGACUGUCCUUCUAGGAGCCACCAUCUGGAAAAUGGCUGACCAGGUGAAUACACUGCCAUUCUUCUAUGGCAACAUCACCAGGGAGGAGGCGGAGGGUUACCUGAAGCAGGCGGGCACCGGCAAUGGCAUGUACCUGCUACGGCAAAGUCGCAACUAUCUCGGAGGGUUUGCACUCUCUGUGUUACAUUCAGGCCGCUGCUACCACUACACCAUCGAAAGAGAACCAAGUGAAACAUAUGCAAUAGCUGGUGGUAAGAGCCACAGGAGCCCCGUGGAUGUAAUUGACUACCACUCCCAGGAGAUGGAUGGCCUAGUGUGUCUGCUCAAGAAACCCUGCAACCGGCCCAAAAACAUGCAGCCAAAGGUGGGGCCGUUUGAGGACCUGAAGGAAAAACUGAUCCGGGAGUAUGUAAAGCAGACCUGGAACCUGCAGGGGGCGGCUCUGGAGCAGGCCAUCAUCAGCCAGAGGCCUCAGCUGGAGAAGCUGAUUGCCACCACUGCACAUGAACGAAUGCCCUGGUUCCACGGAACAAUCGCUCGAGAAGAGUCUGAGCCCCGGCUACAAAAUGGCUCCCGCACCAACGGAAAAUUCCUGAUUCGACAGAGAGACUUGAAUGGAUCCUACGCUCUGUGUUUACUACAUGAAGGACAGGUCAUGCACUAUCGCAUCGACAGGGACCGGACCGGCAAGCUCUCAAUCCCAGAUGGCAAGAAGUUUGACACGCUGUGGCAGCUGGUUGAGCACUACUCAUACAAACCAGACGGCCUGCUGCGAGUGCUCACAGAGCCCUGUCCAAGACCUGAUGGAGAAACUGGGUUGAUAGGGCGGCCGCUGCUCCCACGGGACCACCCUGGGCUAACCUCUGCUCUUCAAAGUGCAGCAGGUGGAAUUCUCUCCAGACUCAAAACUGUUCCCAUACCUGGCCGAAAAAAGAGCCAGGGACCUCGACACAACACCACUGAUAAUCUCAAUCCUUAUGAAACCAGGGUGCCUAACAAUCAGGCUGGUGGAAAAGAGGCCAUGCCAAUGGAUACAGAGGUAUAUGAGAGUCCAUAUGCAGACCCAGAUGAACUGAGGAGCUCAACAGUGGAUCGCAGCCAUCUUUUCCUGGAGGAUGGAGAACUUGGCUCAGGGAACUUUGGUACAGUCAUGAGGGGAAUCUACAAGAUGAGAAAAACAGAGAAGUCAGUUGCAGUCAAAAUCCUGAAGAAUGAUGAUAACAACCCCUCAGUGCGCGAGGAGAUGCUACGGGAAGCCAACGUGAUGCAGCAGCUGGACAAUCCUUACAUUGUCCGGAUGAUUGGGAUCUGUGAGGCAGAGAACCUGAUGCUGGUCAUGGAGCUGGCAGAGCUGGGACCACUCAACAAGUUCCUGCAGAAACACAAGCAAACAACCAUAAAGAACAUCACAGAGCUGGUCCAUCAGGUUUCUAUGGGAAUGAAGUAUCUGGAGGAACAUAACUUCGUCCACAGGGACCUUGCUGCCAGGAAUGUGCUGCUGGUCACGCAGCACUAUGCCAAAAUCAGUGACUUUGGACUCUCCAAAGCCGUCGCUGAAGAGCAGAACUACUACAAGGCAAAGGGUCAUGGGAAGUGGCCAGUGAAGUGGUACGCUCCUGAGUGUAUAAACUACUUCAAAUUCUCCUCCAAAAGUGACGUGUGGAGCUUCGGGGUGCUCAUGUGGGAGGCGUAUUCCUAUGGCCAGAAACCAUACAAGGGAAUGAAAGGAAACGAUGUGAUGCAGAUGAUUGAGAGUGGAAUUCGAAUGGACGCCCCAAUGAACUGUCCACAAGAGAUAUAUGACCUGAUGAGAACCUGCUGGACAUACAAGGCAGAUGAACGACCUGGAUUUACCAUAGUCGAGCCGAGACUACGAGAUUAUUAUUAUGACAUUGCACAGUGAUUCUUCACAUGGAUGUUAAGAGACUGUGGGUGAUGAGAGAAAUUACAUUUAAUAUUGUACAAAUGACUGGAGAGGAUGGUUUGAAAUAUAUAUGCAGUUGAAGUGAACAUUUAUUGUUACAGCUAAAAACUAUACAACCAACUGAUUUGGUAGGUGUGUUUUAUACUGGAAGCAUUAUAUGUAUUAAAGCUUAACCAUUGCAAUGUCAUCAGAGAUAAAAGCCUUGAAUGAAGGUCUGAUUGUU